AAGCUAUCCAAAAGCACACCGAACUUUCUUUCUAUUUUCCAAAACAAAAGAGCAAAGCAAUGAUAAUGGCUACAAUCCGAACAUGUUGCCUUUACUCCCCUGAAACCCUUCUCCUCCGCUCAGCUCCAUCUCUCAACCUCCCUCGUUGCCGCCGUUUCCUCACCACCGCCGCUACAAAGGACAAAGACAAAGUCAUAGUCAUAUCUGGCCCCACCGGUGCCGGCAAAACCAGACUCGCCUUGGAGCUAGCCAAGCGCAUCAAUGGAGAAAUCAUCAGUGCCGACUCUGUUCAGGUGUAUAGGGGUCUCGAUGUUGGAUCUGCCAAGCCUCCUGAAAGUGACAGAAAGGUGGUGCCACAUCAUCUAAUCGACAUUUUGCACCCGUCGGAAGAGUAUUCUGUUGGACAAUUUUUCGAGGAUGCUAGGCAAGCCACGAGAACUAUUCUUGAUAAUGGCCGUGUUCCAAUAGUAACUGGCGGGACUGGUUUGUACUUGAGAUGGUUUGUAUACGGAAAGCCUGAUGUUCCCAAAGCUUCUCAAGAGGUGGCUGCUGAAGUGUACUCCGAACUAGCUGAGUUACAAAGAACUGAAGACUGGGAUGCUGCAGUUCAGUUGGUUGUAAAUGCAGGUGAUCCUAAGGCCCAGCUUUUAGCUCAUAAUGAUUGGUACCGACUUCGACGCAGCCUUGAAAUCAUUAAGUCUAGUGGAUCCCCUCCAUCUGCAUUUGAAGUACCCUAUGAUUCUUUUCGGAAACAAAGGAUUCCUACUGCAACUGACGAUACUCAUGACACCGACUCUUCUGCUGAUGUCGUGGAGGAUAUUAAAUCUAAGGAAUUGGACUAUGACUUUAGUUGUUUUUUCCUCACUAGCCAAAGACUCGAUCUCUACAAAUCAAUCGAUUAUCGCUGCGAGGAUAUGCUGACUGGAGAUGAAGGACUUUUGUCCGAGGCCAGAUGGUUGCUUGAUAUAGGCCUUCUUCCCAAUUCAAAUUCAGCUACCCGAGCAAUCGGAUACAGACAAGCUAUGGAGUAUUUAUUGAUGUGUAGGGAGCAAGGUGGUGGGAGUUCUCCUAGAGAGUUUUAUUCUUUUUUAGCUGACUUCCAAAAAGCAUCUAGAAAUUUUGCGAAACGCCAAUUGACAUGGUUUCGUAAUGAGAAAAUAUACCACUGGCUCGACGCUUCUAGACCUUUGGACAAGGUUCUUAACUUCAUUCACGAUGCAUACAACGACAAAAGUGGAAACAUUGUAGUACCCGAUGAGCUUAAAAUGAAGAAAGAAACUGGUCACCGAGAAGCCUCUGAAUUAAAGGCCUAUCGAACUAGAAACAGGCAAUACGUUAGACGAGAAGAUUGUUCCGAGAUUAUAGAAUGGAUAAGAGAAACACAAAGUGAACCAAUAGCCAAAGUAUAAUCAUUCUCUUUCACUUUAUUAUGAUUUAGUAUUGUACUAAAAACUCAUAAACCGAAACACAGAGUCCAGAUCGAUUUCAUGAGUUUCAUUGAGAGCAACCGACGGCUGCUAUCGUUGGCUGCUCAUCAAUUUUCAAGCACUCAUCUUCAGUUCGUUGAUUUUAGUUAGCAUGGCGAAUUUGAACGAGUUCAUUAUCGUAUUUUGUAACUUAGGUAAGAAAGAAAAGUAGAAUUGGAUUGAAUAUGUGAUGUAAUUUCUAUUAUGCAAUUUUGUUAAUUCGAGAGAGGGUUUAUAUAUGCAUUUUUCGGGCUCGAAUUCGAAUAGUGCCUGAAAAAUGUUCUUAAUUGUACCGAAGUGAACUCAAAAUUUUGUUGGGGCUUCGAGAUAUUUGUGUUGUUGUGUUUCUUCAUGUAGUAGUAUUAAGUAAACGAAAAUUUGUAAAAGAUAGUACUGGUGUCUAACGACGCAUAAAGGUAUUAUACUGCUAUUGGUAUCAUUUCUUAAGUUCGAAUUGAAAUUUUUUCAUUCA